AUGCCUAUAGUUAAAUAUGGAACGCUUCUUCUAGUAGAUACAGUAGUGUCUAUAGGUGCAGUGCCAUUCUUCAUGGACGAAUGGGGUAUCGACGCAGUGUAUGCCUCAGGGCAGAAAGCACUGAGUGGCCCCGCCGGCAUAUCCCCGGUUGCAUUUAGCGCGCGAGCCGAAAAGAAAAUAAACGAACGAAAACAUGAUCCGCCAUUUUACUUCGACAUCAAGUUGUUGGCACAGCAAUGGAACUGCUACGGGAACACACGAGUAUACCACCACACUAUAAGUCCACCUCUUAUCUGGGCACUACGUUGUUGCUUACAAGAGAUAUGUAAAAUUACUUUAUCAAAAUUCUGGGAGAGGCACGCUGAAACUACCGCACAUUUCCACAAACGACUGCAAGAAUUUUGUUUUAAGUUACUUGUGCCAAGACCUGAAGACCGUUUAACAACAGUUACCACUGUUGUUUUGCCAGAUGGCUAUGAUUAUAUACAAUUCGUAAAAUAUAUGAGAGACAGGCAUGAUAUUCUAAUAGUGGAAGGCCUUGGGCCCACAGCUGGCAAGGCUUUACGAAUUGGCAUAAUGGGAGUCAACUCAACUAUUCAGGUUGCAAACGCCAUAGCUGACGGAAUGAGGGAGACAUUGAGAGCUCUAACUAAAUCAUCACUU